AUGGAGCAGGUCAAAUCAACCGCUGCCUUCGUCGCCAAUUGCUCCUCUCACGUUGUUGUCGACUCUGCAGGGAUAGAGAGAGUAGUCGAGAAUAUUCAAGAUAAGAUUCCGAAAAUAGAGUGGGAUUUUGAAGGGAUUCAUUAUUUUGACGACGGGCCUCUCACCGUUCAGUACCUCUUUGUUUUGGACACACUCAAUUUUUGCUUUUGGCCUGAUAAGGACUUAAGUUAUGAUGAUCUGGCUUCGGGGUUAAAGGAGGCUCUGCAAAAUGACAAAUCUGUAUUUGAUGCCGACCGUCUGCAGAAGUUCACUGGUCUUCAAUUACGUAAUUUGUUAAAGUGGCCCCGACCACUUCCUCUGGAGGACGAACGAAUUCGUCUGCUGCAUGAGGUGGGUUUUGAGCUGGAAAGAAGUUUCGGAGGUAAAGCAUCCAAACUAGUGCAGUCCUGUGGGAAAUCAGCUGCAAAGCUUGUAGCCACUAUUGCCAGUCACUUUCCUGGCUUUCGAGACCACUCUGUUUACAAAGGCCACCAGAUAUUCUUGUAUAAAAGAGCUCAGAUAUUUGCUGCUGAUCUAUAUGGUGCAUUCAAAGGCCAAGGAUAUGGAGAAUUCAAUGACAUUAGCUCAGUCACUAUAUUUGCUGACUAUAUUGUUCCAGCUAUGCUGCAGAAACUUGGCGUGCUAAAAUAUAGUUCCACCCUUGCCAGCAUAAUUGAGUCUAAUAAUGAAAUAGUUUCAGGAAGUGAGGAGGAAGUUGAAUUACGAGCCUGUUCCAUAUAUGCUGUGGAGAAAAUGAGGGACUUGAUUACUGUAAAAUCAGGAAAACAGGUGCUGAGUGUGGAGUUGGACCUUUGGCUCUGGGCUUACGGUGUUCAAAAUCCAUCUCUUCCACACCACCGGACACUCUCAAUAUAUUAUUGA